GAGAAGAGCGGAUGAAGAGCGAGUGCCAGUGGCGGGCAAGUGAUAGCUCCGGCGCGGUGGUCUGCACGGACGGGGUGACCACGCUGCCACCCACCAACAUGACGCUCCACGAGGACUCUUCUUGAUAUGCUGCCGCAACUGCUGCCCGGGGCCGCCGCACUGCUGGUGCACAAUGCAUGCAAAUGUGAACAUCGAAAGAAACUCAUGGCGCCUCCCUCCAGAUGAGACGGUUCAAGUGGGAGAUCCGCGUUCCAAAAAAGAUGAUGAGGAGCUGGUGUACGGCGGACCGAGCGAAGGUCGCAACUGGCGGGGCAUCCUGCUGUCGCUGCUGGUGAUCAGCGUGGUGAUCAUGGGCAUCAUCCUGGCCAUCUACACGCUGGGCUACGUGGAUGAGCUGCUGUACUGGAGCGGCCGUCGUAUGGACCUGUCCGAGGUGUUGGGCGGCGAAUUGCGGCCGCACCGGCUGCCCUCGGUCUGGCUGUCGGCACGCCACUUCGUCUUCCACGCCGACGACGGUUCGUUAGCGCUGUGGAGCGUUCAGACCGGCGCAAUCACCACCCUAGUCACCAAUCACACCAUGAGACAACUAGACGUGCAAGGAUACCAAGUGUCUGCUGACAGAAAAUACGUUCUCUUUCGCCACAACGUCAAACCCGUUUUCCAGCACACGUUCACCGCCUUCUACACUGUGUACGACGUAUUCAACGACCACCACUUGCCGAUCCGGUUGAAGCCGGGCGCCGCGACGCACAGCCGACUCCAGUUCGCCUCGUGGGUGGGCAACACGACGUCGUUGCUGUUGGUUCACGACAACGACUUGUACCUGCAACGCACCCCCAUCCCCCCGGCCGCCCCCGCCAAACCACAGGUUCGGCUGACGGCCAGCGGGGUGCCCGGCGAGUUCUACAACGGCGUGCCAAACUGGCUCUACCAAGAGGAAGGCUUGCUGGGCGACAGUGAAAAGGCUGUGUGGAGCAGCGUCGAUGGCUCCAGGCUGCUCUUCGCCACGUUCAACGACACGGGCGUGCGCCUGCUGCAGGUGCCGUGGAUGGGACCCUCGCAGGGCGCUGCCGGGGCAACCGAUGCAACCUUUCCUUCUUCCAGAACAGUGCACUACCCCACGCCAGGCUCGAGCAACCCCGACGUGCGGCUGUUCGUUCUGGACCUGGAGGGCGGCAACCAAACGGCAACGACCAAGUGGGAGGUGGUGCCGCCGCUCGAGCUCAAUGACACAGAUUUCUACAUCACGGCGGCGGACUGGGUCGGCGACUCCAACGACUUUAUCACUGUCACCUGGAUGAAUCGGGCGCAGAACUUGAGCGUGGUCACAACUUGCCACCAGGAUCAGAAUUGGACCUGCCACGAGGUUCAUAUUGAGCGAGCUCUGGAGUCGUCUUGGGUGGACGUGGAGCCGUCGCCAGUAUUUUCGGCCGACGGUAGCAGCCUUUUGUUGCUGUGUCCGGUGCAGGAGGGCGCCGCCGACUACUUUACUCACAUCACUCACGUCAGCCUGGCUCCGCCGCAGCGACUCGCGGUCAUUAGUCACGGCCGGCACGAGGUCGAGCGGAUUGUCGGCUGGCACACUGCUGCUCACUUAGUAUACUAUCUGGGCACCUCUGAAAACGGGCCGGGUCAGCGUCACCUCUACGUGGCCCCUGACCCCGGUUUAUCAGCGGCCAGCAACAGCCUGGACAUGAGCCUAGAGGCACGUCGUCUGGAGCCGCGCUGUUUGACGUGCCGCCUGGGCCAAACGGAGCACCAAUACGAAAACUGCACCUAUUUCUCGGCCCUGCUCAGCCCUGAGACGGGGCACGUGGUGAUCGAGUGCCAGGGCCACGGCACUCCCAGGGCUGGCCUCCACGCACCCCUCGUCUCGCUCAAGGACAAGUUCAAACUGGUCCGCAUGCUCUACGUAGGCUUCCAACUCAGGGGCAACCCUGCAUCCCCUGGACCUUCAGGUGUGUCAUCUGGAGGCGAUAUAGGAUCGAGGCUGGCUCAACUGGCGUUGCCUACUGUAAAAACCUUCGAGGUGCCUCUUCCCCAAAACUGCAGAGCAAGGGUGAAACUCCUGCUUCCGCCGAGUUGGAGAGAAGAGUUGCGGGAUGCCGCCUUCCCUGUUUUAGUUGAAGUAAAUGGAAGGCCGGGCAGCCAGGCGGUGUCGGACUUGUUCAGCGUGGACUGGGGCACCUACAUGUCGAGUCGCAACGACGUCGUCUACAUUAGAAUCGACGUGAGGGGUGCAGGAGGACAGGGCAGAAGAGCCUCCAAAGCUUUAUAUCGCCACCUUGGUGGCGUUGAAGUACAAGAUCAUAUUACAGUUCUCAGGUAUUUGCUGGAAACGCUGCCCUUCCUCGAUGAGACCAGGGUAGGCGUGUGGGGCUGGGGCUACGGCGGCUACGUCACCUCCAUGCUCCUCGGCACGCAGCAAAGUAUUUUUAAGUGCGGCAUCGCAGUUUCUCCAGUCACAGACUGGCUUCAUUACAAUUCUGCCUUCACUGAGAAGGUUCUCGGCUCGCCCACCGAGAACUUCAAGGGCUACGUCGAAGCAGACGCAACCCAGCGGGCGCGCUACGUGCCCAAUCACGCUCUCUUCCUCAUCCACGGCCUCGCCGACCUGAGCACGCCCUUCUCGCACGGGGUCGCCCUCGCCAGGGCGCUCUCGGAGGCCGGCAUACUUUUCAGAUAUCACAGCUACGCCGACGAAGGGCACAUGCUGGAAGGUGUGAUUGAGCACACGUACACGUCGAUGGAGGACUACCUGAGAGACUGCCUGAGCCUGGACGAUGACCCUGGCAGCUCGUAAAACAAGUAAUGCAUUGAUAGUGGGAAAUAUCACAAAUAUCACCGACUGCUGAUUUAAUUAACUCAAGACCGAGGAGCUCAUCAUUUUGCAUUAAAAACAACGGAGUAUGUCAUGCUGGCGGUUUGUUUCAUGCCAUUACUAAUGCUGCUGUGCAUCAAAAUAAUGUUUUGUACUCACGCUCGCAUUUGAUGUUUUCUUUAAACAUCUCACGUCAGUCGGAAUUUAAUAUAUGUGGUAAAAAUGGAUCGGGAGGAAAUGGUGCUUGACGACAUGCACAAAUCAUUGCAGUUUUUCUUCUAAAUUGAAGUUUCCUGGAACUCUUUGGCUAGAAAAACUUGAAAACGCUAAACAAAAAUUAUGCAACUGCUGCUUAAUUUGGUAAAAAUGAAUCCUGAUGUAUGUGACUCGUCUGCUGAACAAGCCUCUCCUCCCAAUCCCAUCUCCAGUCAGAAUCAAAUGAGAAACCAAUCUCAAAACAGAUCGGCCUCAUAAUCAGAACAUUUUAGACUUGAGUGUAAUGGAUGAAUCAAUAAUACUCACAAAGUGCUAUUGACAUGUAACAGAAAAGAAAAUGUAUUAUAAAACCUAGGGCUUCGUUAGCAUGUUGAUUAUACUGUAAUUGAUAUUUUUAAAGGUUAUACAUCGCGAACAACUCAAUUUUCAUCUUUAAACUAGACCUAUUAUUAUACAAUUAAAUACUAUAAUUACAACUUUGCAGGUAUUGUAUAAUUACCGUUAUCAACAAAUGUUCAAAUUUGUAUAGGCAGAGCGCAGAUUGUUUGUCACUCGUGUCGUGCAGAAAAGCAUGAGGGCUAUAAUCGGGACUAAUUACAUGUAUACCUAUGUGUUUGUUCAGUGUGUUAAACAUAGUUUGAGCCGAAUUCGUUAGAUUCUGAUUGAGAUCAUCCUCCGUUUCUAAAUUCAAAGCACAAAGACGCGCUGACGGGAUGUAAAAAACUAUCGAUGUGAUCUCAAUUUUCAAGGGCGAUCGCGGCUAGCCAGUCCCCUAGGUAUUUUUCAUGAAAAAUGUUGGCAGUACUGUUGAAAAAAAGAUGUGAAAAUAUAUUUCAAUUAAAAAGAGAACUGUAAUCAAGCUCUAUAUAACUUUUAAAAUCGUUGAUAGGGUGAAAUCUUUUAUUUCAGUUAUUAUUAUGUAUCGAAGCGACGGAAAAAUGGCAUUGAAUUGAUUAAACGCAAUCCACUCAAAUCCUACAGAAGCAGACAACCAUAUGUAAAUGUGUAAAUACUAUAUACUCAUCAGUCUUUCAGUGGUUUUCACUUAAAAAAAGAGAAAUUUGCUUGUAAUAGGGAUGAUGAUUGUUUAUCAAUAAAAUAAUGCAAAGAAAUGA